AUGUCUUUCCCUGUGCAAGGCAAGACGGCUAUUGUGACUGGCGCGGGCUCCGGCAUAAACCUGAGCUUUGCGCAGCAGCUCCUUGAGAGCGGGUGUAAUGUCCUCAUUGCCGACCUGGGUCUCCGUCCUGAGGCGCAGGCCUUGGUCGAUCAGUACGCCAGCAAAUCACCCCGGGCAAUCUUCCAGAAGACAGACGUGACUGUCUGGAAGCAGUUGGAGCAAAUGUUCGAGAUUGCGGAGAAGGAAUUUGGUGAGAUCGAUAUCGUUUGUCCCGGAGCGGGCGUUUACGAACCACACUGGAGCAACUUCUGGCGACCCCCGGGUUCCGAACCAAGCCGCGAUGCACAAGACAGUGACCGCUACGCCCUAAUAGAUAUCAACCUCACACACCCAAUCCGCACAACGCAGCUCGCCAUCUCGCAUUUCCUACGACACGGAACGGACAGCACCCGCCAUAAGGCAAUCGUGCACAUCUCGAGUAUAGCCGGACAAAACCCCUCGUUUGCAGCGCCAAUCUACUCUGCCACGAAGCAUGCGAUCAGCGGGUUCGUGCGCUCGCUCGCCAAUCUCGACGGCAGAAGCGGCAUCCGCGUUACGGCUGUCGCACCCGGCGUGAUCAAAACGCCGCUGUGGACGGACCACCCCGAGAAACUGAAGAUGGUGGACGGUGGGAAGGAUGCGUGGGUGACGGCUGAUGAGGUUGCGACAGUGAUGUUGGCGCUGGUGCAGCAGGACCGAGUGAGUGAGGUGAUUGGGGAUAAGGAGGCGAAGGAGGGAGACACAGUGUAUCCGGUCAGCGGAGGGACGGUGUUGGAGGUUUCGAAGACAGUGAGAUCUGUUCUGCCUUAUAACGACCCUGGGCCUGGAACAAGACCGGGGAAUACGGCGUCGACAACGGCGUCCGUGGAGAACGAGGCGUGGGAGCUGCUAGCUAGGCGCGGAGUCAGAGGCAAGCAAAAUCCGGGGAUACACCACCAAGCUAGUUGGAUUAGCUGUGUGAUUAAUUUGGUGAAUACAAUUGUUGGUGCCGGUGUCCUUGCCAUGCCCCUCGCCAUCUCGCACAUGGGAAUCGUCCUCGGUGUAUUCGUGAUAUUAUGGUCCGGUUUAACGGCAGGCCUUGGACUAUACCUUCAGUCUAGAUGUGCGCAGUAUCUCGACAGAGGAAGUGCUUCGUUUUUCGCCCUCUCUCAAAUCACCUAUCCCAACGCCGCCGUUAUUUUUGAUGCCGCGAUUGCGAUCAAAUGCUUUGGUGUCGGGGUCAGCUACCUCAUCAUUAUCGGAGAUUUGAUGCCAGGAGUAAUUCAGGGUUUUGUUGGGGGAGAGCCGGCGUACGAUUUCUUGGUGGACCGUCAUUUCUGGGUGACGGCGUUUAUGCUGAUUAUUAUUCCCCUUUCGUAUCUACGGCGUCUGGACUCGCUCAAAUACACCAGCAUCGCGGCUUUGGUCUCAAUGGCCUAUUUGGUGGUUUUGGUUGUUUAUCACUUUAUCAUCGGAGACACGAAGGACGGCCGUGGUCCGAUCCGUGUCAUUCACUGGGCGGGGGCUGUUCCGACUCUUAGCAGCUUUCCAGUGAUUGUGUUUGCUUUUACUUGUCAUCAAAAUAUGUUUUCUAUUCUCAAUGAAAUCAGUAAUAAUAGCCACUUUAGAACGACCGCUGUCGUGUUCGCCAGUAUCGGCAGCUCUGCUUCAACCUACAUACUUGUUGCGAUUACCGGAUACCUAUCAUUUGGCAAUAGCGUGGGCGGAAACAUAGUGGGCAUGUACCCACCAGGCUUAUGGGCUAAUAUCGGACGUGCCGCUAUCGUCAUGCUCGUCAUGUUCUCCUACCCCCUCCAAUGUCACCCGUGCAGAGCAUCAGUUGAUGCAGUCCUACGUUGGAGGCCCAAACGUAGCACGGGUGGAAACGAAGGAUCCCCUCAUCGUCAUCCUCUUCUACCCGGAGGCCCGAGAGGAUCUCGAACGGCAGAACCAAUGAGCGACCUCCGGUUCUCUAUAAUUACGACAUCGAUCCUCAUUCUGAGCUACAUUGUCGCCAUGACAGUCUCGUCUCUUGAGGCCGUCCUCGCAUACGUUGGCAGCACUGGAAGCACCAGCAUCAGCUUCAUUCUCCCCGGGAUAUUCUACUACAAAAUUUCUGCUCCAGAUUCAGCAGCACAUCAACGCCUUCUGAAAGAGGAUGAUGAGGCUGAAGACGGUUAUAUCUCAGGUGCUAGCGAACCAGACGACGGUAACGCCCAGGCUCGCUCACUUACUGAGAGCGGAAUUCUGCGUCGGCACACCCGCACAUGGCGCAGGGAGGUUCUCCGUAAAUUGAGCCUAGCACUUGCCAUCUACGGAGUCAUUGUCAUGGUUACCUGUCUAGUCACGAAUUCUGUGUUCAUCGCAUCUCACUAA